GGAUAGAGAUGGAUCCUGAUCUUUAUACAUCUGCUAUAAGAUAUUUUUGCAAACAGAGUUGUAUACAGAGCUGUAUUGUGUACAUUGACAUGUAUAUUCUGGAACUUCUAAAAUUUGAAUAUAAAAAAGAGAAACCCUGAAACUAUUUAAUGAAUAUCCAAACUGUGAGCCCCAACUGAGCAUCCACCACCUUCCUGCUUCCCUUUUCUUUGGCCUGUGUUCAAGAGCUGUAGUCAAAUCUGCCUUUUCCUUUCUUUUUCUUUCUAGAGAUGAUGAAGCUAGGCAAAUUUUGUGCUUUUUGGGUUAACUAGAAACCAGUUGUAGGUGAUUUAAGUAUGAUCUUAACUUAUUGAUACUGUGUUUUCCUUUGUAAUAUUGUACUGUGGAUAAAAACUAUAUUGAGCCAUGGAGUUGGAGUUUACAAAAGAGCUUUUCACUUUGCCAAAUGUUACAGUUUAAAGGCAGUGUAGUCUUCAGCUUUCCUAAUCUUUUCUUAAGAGCUGGUGUCUUUUUUGUACACUGAGAAGCUGAAUGCUGAUUUUGCAACAUAUAAUAAAUUCACUGUAUUGGAAAACAAGCAGACAAUAAGGUUGUGUCUUUCUUUUCAGUGCUGCUUAACUGGGAGGAAACUCGACAGGGAAAGGUGAUAAAUGGCUGGCGUGGAGUUGGGAAGCAGGAAGCUUAAAGGAACCGAGGCAGUUGAGGGAGUUGAAGUGUCAGAGCAGGCGCUGCAGGAACAAUGGCAGAGACAUUCCUUGUGGAGAGCCCCGACGUCACGUACAGCAAGGACUUCAUCGAGGCCAAGUACACGUACAGCACCGUGCACGUCUGCCGCGAGAACGGCGUCACCAAGGUGCGUCCGUGCUCGACCCGGUUCACGUUCCGCACGGGGCGGCAGGUCCCACGCCUGGGGGUGAUGCUGGUGGGCUGGGGGGGCAACAAUGGCACCACGGUGACCGCGGCCGUGCUGGCCAACAGACUGGGGCUCUCCUGGAUGACCAAGACCGGCCGCAAGAAAGCCAACUACUACGGCUCCCUGCUCCAAGCCUCCACCGUCUGCCUGGGCUCUGGCCCCACCGGUGAUGUCUAUGUGCCUUUCCGGGACCUGCUGCCCAUGGUGCACCCCAAUGACAUCGUCUUUGAUGGCUGGGACAUCUCAUCCCUGAACAUGGCCGAGGCCAUGCGGCGCGCGGAGGUGCUGGACUGGCUGCUGCAGGAGCAGCUCUGGCCCCACAUGGAGAAGAUGAAGCCUCGACCCUCCAUCUACAUCCCCGAGUUCAUCGCAGCCAACCAAGAGGAGCGUGCGGACAAUGUCCUGCAUGGGUCCAUGGCGGAGCAGGUGGAGCAGAUCCGCAGGGACAUCCGUGACUUCAAGGAGAGCAGUGGUGUGGACAAAGUCAUCGUCCUGUGGACGGCCAACACCGAGCGGUUCUGUGACGUGGUACCAGGGCUCAAUGACACCGCCGACAACCUGCUGCGUGCCAUCGAGCGAGGCCUGGAGGUGUCCCCGUCCACGCUCUUCGCCGUCGCCAGCAUCCUGGAGGGCUGUGCCUACAUCAAUGGCUCCCCCCAGAACACCUUCGUACCCGGUGCCGUGGAGCUGGCGGCUCAGCACCGAGUCCUUAUCUGUGGUGAUGACUUCAAGUCCGGGCAGACCAAGCUCAAGUCAGUGCUCGUGGACUUCCUGGUGGGCGCCGGCCUCAAGACCACAUCCAUCGUGAGCUACAACCACCUGGGCAACAACGAUGGGAAGAACCUGUCGGCCCCACAGCAGUUCCGCUCCAAGGAGAUCUCCAAGAGCAACGUGGUGGAUGACACGGUCCAGGCCAACCCCAUCCUCUAUGGCCCCCAGGACAAGCCCGACCACUGCGUGGUGAUCAAGUACGUGCCCUACGUCGGGGACAGCAAACGAGCACUGGAUGAGUACACGUCGGAGAUCAUGAUGGGUGGCACCAACACCAUCGUCAUCCACAACACGUGUGAGGACUCGUUGCUGGCCAGCCCCAUCAUCCUGGACCUGGCCAUCCUGACGGAGCUGUGCCAACGCAUCAGCUUCUGCACCGAGGCUGACCCCAACUUCCAGGGCUUCCAUAGCAUCCUCUCCAUCGUCGCCUUCCUCUGCAAGGCCCCAUUGGUACCCGAGGGCACCCCCGUGGUCAACGCGCUCUUCCGCCAGCGCAGCUGCAUCGAGAACAUCCUGAGGGCCUGUGUGGGGCUGCCCCCCCAGAACCACAUGCUGCUGGAGCACAAGAUGCAGCGCCCCCCACCCAGCCCCAAGCGCUCCUGCCCGGGGGGGGCCGCCUGCCCCUUGGCACCCAAGAAGACCCCAGCAGCACCCACCCAGCUCAAUGGGCACCCCUGUGCGCCACGGCCGGGCCCCCCCCGCGCCCCCCUGCACAUCGAUGGGGCCGACUAAAGCGGGGACCCCUUAAGCAGCUCCCUUGGGGGUGGAUGUGGGGGUCCGGGGGGGGGAAAGGGGGUGUGUGUGUGUGUCCCCCCUCGGUGCUCCCUGACCCCAAUGCCAUUGACACUGUGAAGCUUUGAACCCGACAA